GGUAUCGUUUCGUGCGUCGUCGUCGUUGAUGUACCGUCGUUGAAGCGACUCCGUCAUCGUUUUGAUAAAUGAGCCUGCAAGGUAGCCUCUUCACCGAAGAUGUGGAGUACGACGUGAAUCUAUUUUUGAAAGACAAUAGAAAGAAAAGGGUCCUCGUGUUUCCUCCUGUAAACAACUAUCGACGAUAUCUCAUACAUCGACUCGUGCAGGAUCGUUUUGCCGAUUUCCUGCGCACCUUCUCCAUUGGCCAAGGGCUCGAUAGACGUACCGUCGUCUGCUACAAGACCGACGUGAUAAGGGAACCAGGAUCGAAUGCUGGAGAACAAAAGGAAAGUCCUACGAAAAAUUUGUCCUGUGGAAUGGGUGUUGUAGAACGGCAAUCUCCAUCGAAAUCACCGGAACGUAUUCGUCCUCAACAACACCAUCAUCAUCCUCAUCAUCAUCAUCAUCAACAACAACAACAACAACAACAACAACAACAACAAAGACAGACAGAGUCAAGAAUCAUCUCAAACUCCAAGUCCAUUGCACCUGCCGUAGAAAUCUACGUACCACCUCCAGCCAGAAGGGCAAGAAACGAGCUACGUUCGCAAUUUCGAGAAACUUCGACUCAUGUUAAAACCGAAGACGGUAGUAACGAUAACGAUCUCAGUAUAUUACCCUCCACCUCAUCUUUUACGAAUGUAAGAAAUAGUCGUCAAAGAAGGCCAGAUCGUGCUGUUUACGUGCCAAGGCAUAGAAGAAGCGUUGAUGGCGAAGUUGGUUCGCGGCGUUCUCACGAGGACAACAACGUUUUAUCGCAAGAUCCAUCGAGAUCGACUUUAAUAACGGUGUCGUCCAACAGUAACGUUAUUUGCGAAGAACAACAAGAGUUGCAGCAGCAGCAACAGCAGCAAAUAGAGGAGGAAGUCGUAUUAUCGUCGUCAAAAUUAAAUAACGAGACUGAACGUCUAACGUCAAAUAUUAUUGAAAAGGAUAACUCUAGUACGAAUAGGGAACAUUCGCCACUUGUUCUUCUUGUUGUUAACUCGUCGAAAUCGUUAAGUGUAAAAGUGAAAGAUAAUACGGAGGAGGAAGAGGAGGAGGAGGAGGAGGAAGAAGAAGUGGAGGAAGAGGAGGAGAAAGGAAAACAACAAGCGGUGAAACUCCUCGAAGAGGAGUCAACGAUCGUGAAAACGGAGGAUUGUCCUACGCACGAGGAAGAGAAGGAAGAAACGGUGAAAGGUGAUCGAUUACAAAGUGAUACGUUGGGAUCUUUGGAGGAUAGAAAAUUUAUCGAAGAUAAUAAUAAAGAAAUUACUGAGGUAUCAAACAUAGAGUCACGAGAACUUGUUUCAAACGUGCAAUCGUCGUCAUCGUUAUCCUGCGAAAAGGAAAGAAGACAUUUUAACGAGAAAACUCAUAAUCCUUGCGAAGAAGAAUUUAUCGCAUCUGAGAUAGUUGAUAAAAAAUCCGUCAUGUCGAGGAAUGUUGAAAAGAAAGAGGAACCGAUAGAAAAUCUCGAAUCGGAUCGUAACGACACCAUUGUAAAGAAUAAUAAUGAGAGCAAUAAUACUAUAAAACGAAAUAUGAUGGUAUCCGACGUUCUUAUAAUAUCCGAUGUAAUAAACGAUAAGGACCCAUCGAAAAAGGUUAAAGAUGUUACUCCUCCUCCACCGGUUACUGUAGCACCGCCAGAAAAAAAAGCUAAGAAAGUCGAACGAGCAAAAAGUAAACCGGCACCGCCUCCCUCGCCUCCGAUUAAAAUUAGCAGAGACGAAUGCGACUGGGAUAGUUUGUUCGACGAUAAUGGCGAUUGCUUGGAUCCGUCCUUGAUAGAAGAGUUAACAUCGGCCGUUGGCGAAGUGAUGAUAGAACAACCAAAGAACGAUUACAAGCUCUAUAGCAAACAAGUCGAAGUCUCCAGCGACGAGUUCGCUCAUGUAGUUGAGAUCUACAAUUUCCCAUCGGAUUUUAAAACCAGCGACCUAGCCGCUGUUUUUAGCCCGUUCAAAACUGGGGGCUUUGAACUGAAAUGGGUCGACGACACUCAUUGUCUUGGUGUUUUUAGCAGUCCUCUCAUUGCUGCCGAGGUAUUGGCUUCGGAACAUCCGUUUGUUAAAACCAGACCUCUGAGCGAAGCUACGGCAUUGAGUAAAACGAAGGCAAGGAGAAGCGCUGAAUUUUUACAACCUUAUAGAAGUCGUCCGGAAACUUGUGCCGCUUUGGCGAGAAGGUUGGUUACAGGUGCUCUAGGUGUAAAGUUAGCGACAGCGAGACAGGAACGCGAACAUGAAAAAAACAUAUUGCGUGAAGCUAAAGAGAAAAGAAGAUUAGCCAACAAACAACGAGAAGAUGCUUGGGAAGGUAUUAUCCCUCAAAAGUAGCAUUACCUUUUUUUAGUGGUCCAAUGAACUGACGAAAUAAGAUAUACCUCGUAUCGUAUGACCUACGUUGCCUCUACGUAUUUGUGCCUUACUCAUCUAUGUUUUUAUCGUAAACAGUACAUCCGUACUUUUCGAAUCGGAAGGAUUACUGAUUUGGGGAUAUAAUUUUAAGUGAUUAGUUGAUAGAUGAGUGUGGCAUGAGAGAAGAAGUAUAUUAAGAUUCUCGGGUGUCCUAUUAUUUUUUUUCGUAUAUUAACGAAAAGAACAAAAAGAUGAGAUAUGAAGUGAAAAGUUCAUUUAUCGUACUUACAUAUCAUAAAAUAAGACGCGGGUUGCUGUUUAGUGCAUUUCAUUUUUGUCCGAUGGAUCGUUUUCUGAAUGAUCAGAUGACAGAUGAUAAUCGUAUCUUUUGCGUACGAGUCUCAAAAAAAGAAAAAGAAAAAAAAAUAAGAAAGAGUAUGGUUGAAUAACAAUCUCCCCCAUCCUCAAACCUCAAUCUCCAAACCCCAAAGCUUAGUAACUUUUGAAGAUUCAUUAAGACGAGGCUGUUUACGAAAAAGUUGUGACAAUUGCAUAUUGUUAUAAGUUUUUACUCUGUGCAAUUUUAUGAAAGACAAUAAAUUAGGAUUUUAAGAUAUUAUGAAGAUUUGUCGUAUACGCGUGCUUAUCGAUUAUGUAUAUUAAUUAUAUGCGGUGAAAAAAAGAUCUUUUUUGAAAGUUACAUUAUUUGAGAAAUUGUCAAAAUGUAUUCAUCGAAUUAUAUAUAUAUAUAUAUAUAUAUAUAUAUAUAUAUAUAUCUCGAAAACUAAUUCCGUUAGAAAGCAAACUGUUUUUUACUUUAUGCCUGUUAAAUAAGAAUGUUGAGAAUCGACGCACAGUCACAAUGUUUAAGAAUACCAUAGAUUUUCAAAAAAAACUCAACAAUAGAUUGUAUUUUUAUAUACAAUUGUUACAAAUAAAAAAAGGUCAUAUAUAAUACCACCAAAUCCUAGUCAAUGUAUGGAGAAAGUGUUACCUAUAUUACGUGUUACGUUUUCAAUCUGUCAUACAUUGUGACAGAAAGAAUUUAUUGGAAUAAAGUUAUUUUACGUAUUCGUAGCGAUAA